UCAUACGACUGUUAGACUGUAUUUUAAGGCAAUAUGGAAUUCGUCAAAAUUGUGAUUUAUUGUUUAAUUUUAAUAUCAACUUGUUUCGCCGAUGUGAACAUUACUGUUACUAAUUUGACGGAUUUGGAACAUCAACUAAAUGUAAAUAAAAGAGAAAAGCAAUAUCUACUAGAAGAUGAUCCCUCAGAAGGAUCGGAGCAGAAGAGAGAUGGUAGACAAAGCACUCCUAGAAACAAUCAAAUUGAUCUUAAAGCAAACCCGAAUGCUACAAAAGUUCGCAUUUAUUCAAAGGUAGUUACAACAACACCAAAACCAACCAUGAAACAAGUACUUACGAAACCAUUACGAGCAGACACAAUCCCACAAAGAAUUCCAAUAAAAAUACCAAUUGUCCUCAAAACAGCUAAAGUCGUACCUACUGCAGCAAAUGCUUUACGGAUGAAGAUAUUAGAAAGUAAAUAUAAUGAAACGCUUGCUAAUCGAGAGAAACUAGCUUCAAAUAAUAAUCAACCUUCAACAUUUGUACCUAAUGAGAGCCGUCUAAGUGACGAUGUAAUUUUAACUGUUGAAGAUAUAACUCGAACUGGUAAAGAAUCAAGUGACAAUAACGAUAGAGAUACCGAAGAAUUAAAAGGCAAAAUGUAUGAGGAAGAAAUAACACCAGUUAAUAUUAAAAAUCCUAUACAUUACUUUAUAGACGAACCUGAGCCGCUGCCACCAAAAAUACAUCGCAUGCUUGACAUUGAUAACAAAGACACUGAUCCAAAUAACAUGAAAGAGAUACCAGUAGCAAAGAAACAAAAAAGUAAACUUACAAAAGAUGAAAUCAAAUCUAAAAUGUAUUAUAGUGACUUGGAUAAUGAUCCAGAAGUUACGAGGAUUUCUAAUGGAACACACUUGAUUAGUAUUCAGAAACUUCCUUAUGAUGACAGAGUGUUUCGUAAUGGGGUACAAGAAAUGGCAACCGAGGAAAGAAUUAUUAAUAAACCGCCAAAGCCUAAACCAGUAAUAGCAAAGGAGACAGUACCUCAGAAACCUGACAAUACUAUGCCAGUUGUAGAAGAAAAUAUCAUAGCUGGAGUUUUGUUUGAUGGUGCGAGUAAGGAGGCAAAAGAUCAAAGCUGCAUUACAAUAAGAAAUCAUAAUUACGAAGAGGUAGAAGAAAAAUCUCCUCUAUCAACACCGAUCUCUGUUCAACCGAUUUAUAACGAUUUCGAUCAAGACUACUUGAGAUAUCUGCAAAAUGUCUAUUAUAACCCUUAUAACCAAGCCAUUAACGAUCAAUAUCGAAGAAAUUAUGGGUUAAUACAAAGCUCCCCGAAUAUUGGUUUGAUCGACAAUAACGACCCUUCCCUAAACAAUGCAGAAACAAUCCAACCUUACUACCCGAAUACUGAUUAUCAAAACUGUGUUAACAAAAACGAAAUUCUACUGCAAAUUGACCAAAAUUCAGAUAAUCAUCAAGAAAAUAAUAAACAGAAUAGAAUCUGGAAGAACUGGAAAGACGUUGAAAUUAAAAUACGGAAAGCUGAAGACCCAAUUGACAUUGACAUAAGGACUAUGAUCGAAAAUAGUGAUGACAUUUUGAAGAACGAUUUGAUCGACAGUGCGUCAACGCCAUCUGUUAGACGAUACGGGAAUUUAUAUAGCAGGAAUGGAAUCUUUUAUCCAUAUUUCAGUUCGAGCAAUAAGAAUACACAAUGA